GACAAAGCGAGAGAUGAUAAAAAGUGAUACCUAAUUUCGAGCAUUCGUUAUCAAUUUAUUAUCAAGAUAUGGAUAUUGAAAUUCCUCUACGUUGGAAUAUAUGAUAUUGUAUGAGAAACGUAUGAACAGAGCAAGAACUGCAAAAGAAACUAUUAUUUGGCUAGUCCAAGUGUAAAAAUGGCAGAAGAUCUGGAUGUGAAUAUGAGAUGUGUGCAGUAUAUGCUGUUCAUAUCCAAUUUUCUAUUUGUGAUGAUCGCUUUGUUAUUGAUAUCUAUCGGAACAAUAAUCAAAGCGAUGUACACAGAUUUUGAAUAUUUUCUGGAAUCCAGUUAUUGUAGCCCUUCAGAUAUCUUGAUUAUUUGUGGUUUCAUUAUAUUUUUCAUCGCCUUCUUUGGAUGUUGGGGUGCUAUGAGAGAAAGUACUUUACUGGUUAAUAUAUAUGCCCUCUUUUUGGUGAUUAUCCUCUUUUUGGAAAUAAGUGCAGUUAUCAUGGCUAUCACUAUGAGAGUGGAUCUCAGAAGAACCAUUGUAAAAAAUAUGAACAACGCAUUUAAUCUCGUCGAAAACGAUAUAGAUGUGCAAAAUGCAUUUGAUUUCGCACAAAGCCAGCUGGGUUGCUGUGGCAUACGUAGAAUUGAUGACUGGAAACGUAUACCAGAUUACAAUGUAACAUGGCCUCAAAGCUGUUGUACAGGUUACGAUUUCUACGGAUACAAUAAUAAUUUCACAUGUCCUUCUAAUUCUCCAAAACUAAAACAUAACCUGUAUAUAAAUCCUUGCGCUGAUCAGGUGGCAGAGCUAGUUUCACAAACAUCUUUCCUUUUGACAACUGGAGCUAUAUGUGUGGCAUUUAUUCAGAUCAUCGGCAUCAUUUUUGCAAGACUUUUGUCCAAUACAAUAAGGAAAUUGAAAACGGAAAGAUUAGUGGAAGCUGAAUUGCGCAGGCAACAAAUUUAUUCACAAAUUGUCCUUGGUACUACCCUUUCUGGAGAAUGUAAUGGAGUUAAUCACAAUACAGCUGCUACAGAAGCUUAAUUUUGUGUGAAAAAAACUCAUAUAUCAUAUAUCAAAUUUUGCAAUAUUAAGUAUUAUAUUAUAACUGUGUUUUUAUGAUAUUUAGUAUUGAUUGUUUAGUUUACUAACUAAAAAACGACUAUUACAAAUAAUAUAU